AUGACUCGUAGGGCGUCGAGGCGUUCUCCGCGAACAUAUGCUGUUAUUUUUAAUGGACUAACGAAGUAUGUUAUGCGAAGUCGACGCUUUGUCAUCGGUAGAAGUGUUGGUGAUUCGGAUGCUGACAUGAAGCUUGAUUCGUCGCUCAUAUCUCGGCGUCAUAUCGAAAUUACAUGGUUUGCUGGUCGGCUACUGCUAAAGUGCUUGGGCAAGAAUGGAAUAAAUAUAAACGGUCAUUAUCGAAGACCGGGGAGUGUUUUGUAUCGACUCCCACGAAAAUGUACCAUUCGGUUCCCAAAUACUUCAAUCGAACUGGUGGUUCAUUGCCAAACAAAGUCAUUACGUGUACCUGGAAGGCAGCUAAAGGCUUCCUGUCCCUCUGGGGACCAACUGGCAGAAAGCCCACAGCAUCUUUCGGAUGUUGAAGUCGAUGAUAGUCAUUUAGACCGAAUAAUUCCUCCGGUUUCAACAAGUCGACGGAAACAGUUACUUACGUCUAUUACAACGAACAGUUCUCUAAUUAUCGAUAAAUCAUUAAACAACAUUGAUAAGGGUUCUGCUCCAGUUGUCAACCCUCCUAAUCAGGAGCAUCAACAGGAGCAACAACCAAGUCAAAUCUUGCAUAUCUUCGGUCCAGCAGCAGCAUCAUCUGGGCAAUCGGCUGGUGCACAGCUGCUCUGGGACACGCAUGCGCAUUCCAUCUAUCCGUUUUUUGCCACCGUCAAGCCACCGUACUCCUUUGCUCAGCUCAUUGUUCAGGCUUUGGCCAGUCAACCAACACGACGUCUUACCCUGUCGGGGAUCUAUCAGUUUAUCAGCCAGAACUACCCCUAUUACCGUCUAGAGGAUAAGGGAUGGCAAAAUUCUGUGCGCCACAAUCUCUCAUUAAACAAACAUUUUUACAAGACACCGCGGUUACCUGACGAACCAGGGAAGGGUUGCUAUUGGAUGAUUGAUCCUCAGUUUGAGGAGCGAUUCAUAAGUCAGGCCUUUCGUCGACGCAGGUAUCAGGACGAGCAAAGAGCCUCCUUGAGGGAUCACCAACUGUCUUCCACAACCGCUAUAUAUCAUCCCCUCCCCUCUGUGGCCCCACAACUCGCGGUUAUCUCCUCGUCUGCUCCGUCCUGGAAGUCAGGGCGACCAACUAAUUCCUUUGGUGUUGAAAGACCAGUUUGUUUAAGCCAGACACCAACCCAGUGCAGUCCCGUCCUUUCCGCCCAAUUGGUUUUAGCCCCGGGCGGUCGUCCACGGGCGGCGGCCAAACGAAUCCUCGUUUUGCGCCAUCGACCCACCACCAUUAUUACCGGAUCGCAAUCGACCAUCCAGAAAUAA